UAAAUUUCUGAUUAGAAUUGCACAGUCAUAAAUUAACGAUGCAAGGGGCAAGAAGAAAAGAAGUUUUACAGAUAUAUAUUGAGCGUACUCACGAUAAUAUCUUAUUUCGCAUCGCAACUCAUUUAGCAAACUUGCUAAGAUAACAAAAAUUUUAUCUUGAGGGGAUUCGCAAAAUUUGAAUUCGCAAAUCUCUUACAUAACUCUAUAAAAUAUGUACAUCUAUAUUGUUUCCAUGGAUUUUCUGCAAUUUCCCUUACUGGGAAUCCUCGCCGAGGAUAAGCUUGAGAAAUAUUUUGCGCACACAAGUGAAUACACCUCUCAAAUUAUAUUGUUAUAUAAUACAAAGUGGGGAAUUGUGAUGACAAAAUUUUACACAAAAUCAGUAAUUAUGCAACUUGGGAAUUUAUAAUUAAUCGGAAAGUUGAAGUCGUUAUGAAAUCUGCAGCAUACCUACACAGGAGUAAAUUAUUGAAGUUGAGGGAUACCCCAAGAUGAUGGAAAAUCGCCUGGUGUAAAAAUGAUGGAUGACUCUGAUCAGAUAAUCUCUCACUAUUGGGCAAGGCUUAUCGAGCGAUAUAUCCACAUAAGCGACUCAGCUUAUCACUCUCAUACUUACAUAUUCAUUGUCUUUUAAGCAAAUUGUGCAAUUGUGAACAUGUUUACUCAACAACCUUAAUGCUGAAAUAGGGUUUUUCAUAAAGCACGGGAAAUUCAUGUCGCUUAUCGGAACAACUUCCCAGCCCUUUUAAAGUUAGGCGGAAUUACCUCACUAAACUUAACAAUAGUUAUAAUAUACUAAUAUGUGUCCAUUUUGGCAGAGUAUAAAAUCGGAACAUUUUCCAUCAUACCUUAUCAAACCCACACAGCAAUUCCAGCUCGAAUCAUCAUCUCAAUUUCAUCAUGAAAUCGGCAACAAUCAUCUUCCUCGGCGUCGUCGCCUUGGCUUCAGCCAUGCCCAAAUUGGACACCGCCCUUUUCCAAGCGGCCGACCCACGCUUGAUCGUAGGGGGCGUGGAAGCCACGAAAAACGAAUUUCCCUUCAUGAUCGACCUGCGAGUUGGCGGGCGUCAUAAUUGUGGGGGGUCGAUCGUUUCCCCCGACUGGGUCGUUACUGCGGCUCACUGUGUAGGCGGGUCCCCCAGCAGUUACACCCUGGUCGCAGGGGAUCACAACCUGACCCUCAACGAGGGGACGGAACAAAGUCGUAGCGUCACUGCCAUCGUGAUACACCCAGGUUACAACAGACCCACUAUUAUUAACAACGAUAUCGCCCUGAUGCGUGUCGACCGUCCCUUCGAAUUCAACGAGUUUGUCGGUCCGGCUGUCAUCCCGCAGCUUAACUUCGUCCCAACAGCCUUGGCCACCGUGGCGGGAUGGGGCAUGCUGUCUUUCCCGAUCGGUGACCUUCCCGAUGUCCUCAUGAAGGUUGAAGUGCCCCACGUGGCGGACGCGCCCUGCCGAACGGCCAACAUUGGAGUUGGCGUCGUCACAGAGAGCAUGGUCUGCUACGGGGUUGUAGGAAAGGAUUCUUGCAAGGCUGAUUCCGGUGGUCCAUUGAUGUGCGGAUCGGACAAUGCGCUGUGUGGGAUCGUUUCUUGGGGCAAGGAUUGUGCUUUGGACGGAUAUCCCGGAGUGUACACGGAAACAUCCUACUUCGCUGAAUGGAUCAGGUCAACCAUCGCUGCUUAAAGUCCGUGCCAUCCAUAUGCAUGAAAAAAACGAAUUUAUGUAAAUAUGCUGACAUGCAAAAUAAAAAUAAAACAAAUAAAUGAAUGUG